AUGACCUGUGCAGUUGGAAUCCCGCUGGAUGUUGCUGUGAUUUUAUUUCAACGCUGGCCUUUCGGCGCUCUCAUGUGCAAAGUUGUGUGGCCUUUCCAAACUGUUCUUACUGCAGUGUCUGUGGGAACUCUAACGUGUAUGGCUAUUGAGCGAUACAGAGCUAUUUUGACUCCUUUCAAAACAAUGCUUUCUCAAAACGUUGUGAAGAUUGUUAUUUGUGCGGUUUGGUGUUUAUCUGUUGCUCUUGUAGCACCUUACAUUGUUAUACUCGAACAUAAAGAUGGUGUGUGUCGUGAAUCGUGGCACAACGAGUACCAUCCAAAGAUGUUUACCGUUGGCGUUUUCUUGCUUUUCUACGCGACCCCUCUAGGCGUGAUUGCUCCUGCUUAUGCGUGUAUUGGAUGCAGACUACAUUCGGACGAUAGAAGGAUGAGAAAAUUUAGCCAACAACAAGGUCCGGGCAAUAGACAGUUUCAGGCACUAGUGAGAAAGCGAUCCAGAAGCAACGUUGUGAUCGUGAAAACGUUUUUAUUUGGCGCCGUGGUAUUUGCGAUCUGUUUACUUCCUUACCACGUUAUGUGGCUGUGGCAUGACUUCGGUCAAGGAGGUCGAUGGACACAUUUUGAAGACACUUUGGUGUUUGCAAAUGCAUUAGUGUACUUUAACAGUCUUGUCAAUCCGUUUAUUUUUGGGGGAACAGUGGCUUUUAAUUGGCGAAAAAGCUGUACCGCCAUGUUUGCUAAAAUCAUGAUUCGCUGGAGCCAGAAUUCAUCACAGAGAACACAAAAUAUUAUAACUCGCAAGCAAAAUGAC